AUCAAUCGCAACCGGUCAUGACAAACUUACCGCGGUCAAGGCGAUGUUUCAAUCGAUACUUUACUAGAUAAGUAAACGUCAGUCAGUCAGUACCCAUCUGACUUACGACUCAUGGUACGUUGUAUCAGUCGAUCAGUGAUCCCUCACGCGGUGUCCAUUCGUAAUAACCCGUGAACUUAGGCGUGCGGUCACCUUUGCUAACACGAUUGUUUCUUUAAUUUUAUUAUAAAUUAAUCAUAUCUGCGUAUACUUGCCUAUUGCUGUAUUUUAUCAUCUUCUUGUGACCCUACUGCAGUGUUAUAAACGUCAGAAUGGCUGAAAAAAUCAAUGGUCAUCAAAUAGAAACAGUUUUACCACCAGGAGUUACGGUCGAAGAGAUCGAGAUACCGGUGCCAUGGGGUCACGUGGCCGGACGGUGGUGGGGGCCAAGGGACAAGCAGCCAAUCAUAGCCAUCCACGGCUGGCAGGAUAACGCUGGAACUUGGGAUAACCUCAUCCCAUUGUUGCCAGUCACAACGUCAGUCCUCGCUAUAGAUCUACCUGGUCAUGGCUUAUCAUCGCACUAUCCCGCUGGAAUGCAGUACUACAUCUUCUGGGACGCUAUAACUCUGGUACGACGAAUAGUUAAAUACUUCAAAUGGAGCAACAUGACUCUCAUGGGGCACUCCCUUGGAGGAGCAGUAAGUUUCAUGUAUGCAGCGUCAUAUCCUGAUGACGUAGAAAAAAUCAUUUGUGUCGAUAUAGCCAGUCCAGCAGUAAGAGAACCAUCGAACAUGGUGAAACAGACAGGGAACUUAAUAGACAAGUUUUUGGAUUACGAGCAUCUUACCGAUGAUAAAAUACCUUGCUACGAAUAUGAGGAAAUGAUUGAUAUUGUAUGUGAUGCUUAUAAAGGAUCGAUUACUAGAGACAAUUGCAAGAUAUUGAUGAAGCGCGGCAUGUCGCCCGCUCCUGCGCACAUUAACAAGAUGGGAUAUCAUUUUAAACGGGAUCCGAGGCUUAAAGUUUCAGGCCUUGCUAUGAUGUCGAUAGAAACUGCGCUGGAGUACGCUAAAAACGUGAAAUGCAAAAUUUUGAACUUAAGAGCUGUCCCUGGAAUGAAAUGGGAGAGGCUUGAUUAUUACAUGGAUGUAAUUAACAUGUUGAAACAGAGAGCGGAUGUAAGUUACAUUGAAGUUAUAGGUACGCAUCACGUGCAUUUGGAGACGCCGUUAAAUAUAGUAGAACACAUUGAAGAGUUCCUAGAAUAUUAAAUUAGUAAAUUCAAUUAGCUGAGGCUUUUUAGUAAUGUGAUAUAGGAUGUGAUUUGUAGUACGAAAUGUACUGGUUUUAUUUAAAUGACGAGUUAUAUCGACUGGGUUGGUAAUGUCUUCACGCCAUUGUAGAGUUUUUGUGUAGAAUUAUUCAAAUAGUAUAAGUCCG